ACUUCAAAACAGUGAGUAAGCGAGCCUUGACGAAGCGCGAAUGUCGCUUUCCAUCAUUUGAAGACUCAUUUCUUCAUUGUCUCGUUGAAAUCCCAAGCAAAAUUCUGGCAAAAUUGUGCGCGUUCGUGCCCGAUGUCUAGUGCUGAAGUCGCCGAUAAUUCCGUUGACCCCCCGGCGAAAAAGCGGAAGCUAAAUACAGGAGAAUCCCGUUCCAAUUCCUCAGCAAUGGCGAACAAUGGAACGCGUGUGGAAGAUGAAAUUGACGAGAGUUUAUACUCGCGGCAAUUGUACGUUCUUGGUCAUGAUGCUAUGCGGCGGAUGGCCAACUCGGAUGUGCUGAUCUCAGGUCUCGGAGGUCUCGGGGUGGAGGUUGCAAAAAAUGUGAUCUUGGGUGGCGUGAAGUCUGUCACUCUGCAUGACGAGCGGACUUGCACAGUGUCUGACUUGUCUUCUCAGUUUUAUUUGUCGGAGAAAACAGUUGGCCAGAACCGUGCGGUGGCGUCGUGCGAACAGUUGGCAGAGUUGAACCACUACGUGCCUACGACAGCUUAUACUGGUGCUUUGACAGAGGAAUUUUUGAGUAAAUUUAGCGUAGUUGUGCUGACUAGUGCUUCCGCGGCGGAGCAGGAGCGAGUGGCAGCGAUAACUCAUGCCCACAACAUAGCGUUGAUCAUUGCUGACACCAGAGGGCUGUUCUCAAUGGUGUUCUGUGACUUCGGGCCAGAAUUCACAGUGGUGGAUGUGACGGGUGAGAACCCCGUGUCUGCUAUGGUGGCAGACAUCACCCAUGAGUAUGAAGCAGUGGUCACUUGCUUGGAUGACACUCGUCAUGGCUUAGAAGAUGGUGACUAUGUCACAUUUAGUGAGGUCCAAGGCAUGACGGAACUCAACGGCUGCGAGCCCAGAAAGAUCAAAGUCCUCGGGCCGUACACUUUCAGCAUCGGAGACACAACCUCUUUCAGCAAAUACAACCGCGGAGGCAUCGUAACACAAGUCAAAAUGCCCAAAAAAAUUGCAUUCAAACCGCUGAAAGAAGCUUACAAAAAUCCAGAGUUUGUUAUCACGGAUUUUGGCAAGUUUGAUUAUCCACAGCAGUUGCAUAUCGCAUUCGCUGUUCUGGAUAAGUUCCAAGAGGCAGAAGGGCACCUCCCGAGGCCAUGGUGUGAAUCGGACUCUACGAAAUUCCUGGAAUAUGCUAAGGACUUUGUGAAGGACCAAGAGCAGUUUAAGAAUGGGGAAAUAGAACUCAAUGUUGAGUUGUUUGACACUUUCAGCAAGGUCAGUGCCGGAGAUCUGAACCCAAUGAACGCCGCUAUAGGCGGCGUCGUUGCCCAGGAGGUGAUGAAGGCAUGCUCCGGAAAGUUCCACCCGAUCGUCCAAUGGCUGUACCUGGACGCCGUUGAGUGCCUACCCAAAGACAGAUCGCUCUUGACCGAGGAUUCUUGCAAGCCGGUGGGGUCAAGAUAUGAUGGUCAGGUCGCUGUGUUCGGAAAGGAGUUCCAGAAGAGACUUGGAGAGCUCAAAUAUUUCAUUGUUGGCGCCGGCGCAAUCGGCUGCGAGCUGAUGAAGAACUUCGCGAUGAUCGGCGUGGGCGCGGCCGGCGGCUGCGUCACAGUCACCGAUAUGGACCUCAUCGAGAAGUCCAACCUCAACAGGCAGUUCCUGUUCCGCCCGCACGACGUGCAGAAACCCAAGUCCAGUACCGCUGCCAAGGCGAUCAAAGAAAUGAACCCGUUAAUGAACGUGCUCGCUCAAGAGAACCGCGUGUGCCCCGAGACGGAGGCGGUGUACGACGACCAGUUCUUCGAGGCCCUGGACGGCGUCGCCAACGCUUUGGACAACGUGGACGCGCGGAUCUACAUGGACCGCCGCUGCGUGUACUACAGGAAGCCGCUGCUGGAGAGCGGCACCCUGGGCACCAAGGGGAACACGCAGGUCGUGGUCCCAUUCCUGACCGAGUCAUACAGCUCAUCCCAGGACCCCCCAGAGAAGAGCAUCCCUAUUUGCACCCUGAAGAACUUCCCCAACGCGAUUGAACACACUUUGCAAUGGGCCCGGGACGAGUUUGAAGGUCUAUUCAGGCAGGCGGCGGAACACGCAGCCAGAUAUCUGACCGAUCCUCUGUUCCUUGAGAGGACCAUGAAGAUGCCUGGUUCCCAGCCGCUGGAUGCCUUGGAGAGUGUCCGGCACGCUAUCAACGAACGCCCCCUAAGCUUCGACGACUGCGUGCGAUGGGCCCGUCUCCACUGGGAGGCGCAGUACUCCAACCAGAUCAAGCAGCUCCUCUACAACUUCCCCCCGAACCAGCUCACCACGUCCGGGGCACCGUUCUGGUCCGGCCCCAAGAGAUGUCCGGCCCCGCUGGAGUUCGACCCCAAUGAUGAAUUGCACCUGGAUUACGUCGUGGCUGCUGCCAAUUUGAGGGCCGCCGUGUAUGGGAUACCAAAGUGCGUCAACAGGGAGUGUAUUGCUAAGAUCGCUGCCAGUGUUGAGGUACCCGAAUUUAGCCCCAAAUCGGGCAUAAAGAUCGCCGUGACCGACGCCCAGCUGCAGCAGGGCAACGACGAAAUGGACCAGGACAGGGUCAAGAACAUCAUCGCAGAGCUCCCGCCGUCGAGCAAGCUCGCCAACCUCAAGAUCACGCCGCUCGACUUCGAGAAAGAUGACGACACCAACUUCCACAUGGAUUUCAUCGUAGCAGCUUCAAAUCUCCGCGCCGCUAACUACAGCAUCCCCCCGGCUGACCGCCACCGCUCCAAACUCAUCGCUGGGAAGAUCAUACCGGCCAUCGCCACCACCACGUCAGUAGUCGCCGGCCUUGUCUGCCUCGAACUCUAUAAACUCGCCCAAGGGUUCAACACCCUCGAAGUAUUCAAGAACGGAUUCGUCAACCUUGCUUUACCCUUCUUCGGAUUCUCUGAACCAAUAGCUGCACCCAAAAACACGUAUUACGAUAAGAAAUGGACCCUCUGGGACCGAUUCGAGGUCAAAGGAGAAAUCACGUUACAGGAGUUCCUGGAUUAUUUCAAGAACGAACAUAAACUAGAAAUUACCAUGCUCUCGCAAGGAGUCUGUAUGCUGUACUCGUUCUUCAUGCCCAAAGCUAAACGUCAGGAGCGACUCAACCUGCCCAUGUCCGAAGUGGUCGCUAAAGUGUCCAAGAAGAAGCUGGAGCCCCACGUGAAGGCCCUGGUGUUCGAGCUGUGCUGCAACGAUGAGGACGGCAACGACGUGGAAGUCCCCUACGUCAAAUACACUCUGCCUUAACAAAGCCAAGUGUUUAGACCACACCGAAUAGAGCCCAAAUUUUCAAAGUAUUCCUCUCGGCGUGGCGACUUCGGGUGCAUUUGAAGCAUUUACACGCUGCCCCCUGCGGCUCGACACGAAUUUCAUAGAAGGGUAUUUUUUAAUGAUUCAGCGAUAUUAUUAAGGAGUUUUGUAAUCGAGCGGCCGGCGGACUGUACAGUGAUAGAAUUGUGUGGAGUUCUACUUAUGUUUUGUGCUUAGAACACGCUUUCGUCUAAUAUCCAUAUAUAUUUAUAGUAGUCUUAAUUUGCUCACGUGUGUGUUGAAACAAAACGCGCUAGAUUGUUUUCGUGAUACUGAAAUGAUUUUACACAAAAUUAUCGGAUAUUUUUAAUGUUCAAAUCAGAUGGGUCUGUAUAUUGAAAGUAAUAAAUAAAAAUGAGCA